ACAAACAACACAAACCCUACAACUUCCAUCUCUCUCUCACGCAGCCACAUCCACAGUCCCACUCCACUUGCAGCGGUGCCGUAUCACCAAAUCACCGACAUCAGCCUGUCGUCGAUUGUCCAUAGUAGGAAGCUGGGGAAAUCAAGGAAAUAUUCGCUGUUUCUACGAGCAGCUGGUCCCUUACUACUGUUGUUUUGGGCACAAACUUUAUGACAAUUUAUCAUACAUCUUCAAUCACAUUGGUGAGAAUAAUUUGGAUUGAAUAGAGUCAUGGUGAACACUGAACAGGUAUGUUUCUUGGUCUUUUAUUUUGAUAAGUUACAGUUUUCUCAAGCUCAAUGUUGUUAAGCUUGGUACACUUACUGUUGAUUUGUUUUUGUUUGGGAUCUUUGGCUUUUGCUCUUGAUUGCAGGGUGUCUUAUUUACCCGUUUAUUUUGUGAGUGGUUGAAAAACUAAUAAAAACAUAAUAACUUUAUAUUAGUUAGUGAAAGUUAACACUGAAAAACUAUUUCCACGAUCAAUAUCCACAAGUCAAAAAUAUGACAAAAAAUAUAGACAUGGCUUUAUAAUAAAAUGAAAGCACGUCUCUAUGAAUAUAACACAUGAUGCAAACCAAGCCUAAGAAAUAUCCCUACAUACGUACUUGCAGGCGCCCUCAAUGACUAAAUUGGGGUGUUGAACCUAUAAAUGAAUGGAAGCCUUCAGAAUUUACAGCAAAGAAGACCCAAUCUCCAACUCCUGCUACUUCUAAAAUGUCUCCUGCGUGUUUAGAUCAUGAUUUCUUUUCCCGAACCACCAACCCAACCCAACCCGACCGACAUUUGGUUGGGGUGGGUUGGGUUGGGUUUCAAUUCAUACAUGGGUUGGGUUGGGUUGGGUUGGGUUGUAUUUUAAUCAAAUCGACAUUAUUAGGUCAGGGCAAAAAAUCGACCCAACCCAACCCAUGCCUACCCUUACAAAAUACUGAUGGUUCUAAAUCUGUUGUUUGUAAGAAUGGACCUGAUAUUCAAGGAGACCCAAAAGAAUGGGUGCUAGAUUCUGGUUGCACUUUCCAUAUGUGCCUCAUUAAAAAUUGGUUUAUUGAACUUGUUGAUCUUAGUGGAGGACAAGUUCAAAUGGGAAAUGACAUGAGUUGUCAGAUAAGGGGAACUGGGAAAUUGAAUCUUCUGUUAAGCAACAACUAUAUACUUGAACUUGAUAAAGUCAGAUAUGUACCUGAACUAAAAAGAAACUUGAUUUCUUUAGGAGAAUUGGACGAGAAGUAUGACAUAAGGAUUCAUAAAAGCCUUAUAAGAUUGAUCCUUAACAAUAAAGAAGUCAUAUGACAUCUCCUAAAAUAAAUGUCAUCUAUACUCUUCAAGCUGAACCUUUAGUAGGUUAUGGCUCUCCAGCUAUUAAUUCAUCCUUUUAAUAAGUCAUUAAUAUGGCGUAGAAGACUUAGCCAUAUGUCUGAAAAGGGACUGACAAUUUUAAAUAAAAUGGAAUGUUUUGGAAAAGAUAAUAUUGAAAAGCUAAGUUUUUGUGAAGAUUGCAUAAUUGGAAAGCAAAGCAAAUUACCUUUUAAAUCUGGAACCCACAAAUCUACUGUUAUUUCAGAAUAUUUACAUGCUGACCUUUGGGGUCCUGUAUCUGUAAAUACUCUGAGUGGAUUCAGAUUUUACCUGCUCAUUGUAGAUGAUUUUUCAAGAAAAAUAUUAUCUUUUCUCUUAAAGCACAAGUUCGAUACUUUUCAAAAUUUCAGACAACAGAAAUGAAUGAUUGAAAAUCAAACCAAUAAGAAAAUCAAAGCACUAAGGAUUGAUAAUGGCCUUGAAUUCUAUAAUUUGGAAUUUGAUUCGUUUUAUAAGGAAUCUUGAAUUUUAAGGCAUAGAACUGUAACAUACACCCCUCAGCAGAAUGGAGUUGCUGAAAGGAUGAAUAGAACCUUAUUAGAGAAAGUCAGGUGUAUGUUACAUAGUUCUGGACUUCCAAAGUUUUUUUGGGGUGAGGUCCUAAAAUAACAACAUAUCUUAUAAAUAGAAGUCCCUCAAUUGUCAUUGAUUUUGAAGUCUCAAAAAAUUUGUGGUCAAACUCUAUUCCUGAUUAUAAUGGACUUAUCUAAGAAGUCAUGGCUCAAUUACAACUUGAUAUCACAAUGACAAUAUUCCCUAAAAGCAGCCUUGUUGACUAAAGUAAAGGACCAGAGGUCUCGCGCUUUUGUUUUGUGGGAAUACCUGCCUGGAUAAACAUCCCGUUUACCAAACAAGACAUCGAGAGUGUCACUUAACCAUUCCCCUCCUGCAGCCAAAGUAAAAUAGGAGAUCUUUGGGUCUCGGCCAUCACUUAAAGAGACCCGAAAAAAAUGCCAUUUUUUUGCCCUGUUAAAACUUGAUUGAAUGAUCUCACAUGGUCAGUUUUUGGCUGUACUGCAUACUCCCAUCAAAAUGAAGGUAAACUUGAACCAAGAGCCUUGAAGUGUGUCUUCUUGGGGUAUGGGAAGGAAACUAAAGGGUAUAGACUUUGAGUUAAAUGUCAAAAAGGUUAUAGGGUUACCAUCAGUAGAAAUGUCAUCUUCAAUUAAAAUGAAUUUGUCCCAUCAAAAUGUAUAUUUCACGAUGACACAUAUAAUUUGUUGUUUUUUCCUUUUUUGGGUGGUUUGUAUCGAUUGGAACUAGAAGUCCCAGAGCAAGUGACUGGUAUACUAUCAUCACAAAACUACCUUUUUAUUUUUAUGAAUGUGUGCAUCAAGAUUGCAUGUAUAUGUCUUGAUGACACGUAUAAGUCGUUGCCCCUUUUUUUGGGUGGUUUGAGCUUCUCAAUUAGGAAGGAGUAACGUAUUUUUGUGUUUAGUAUUUAAUAUGAAAAUACAAGAAAAAAAAUCACAAUAAAAAAUAUAACUGGCAUUACUAUUGAUGGAGCAAAUAAUGGAUGGUAGGCUGUCUUCUUAUUUGCUGUGAUAAUUUGGUGUACACUUUUAAUUGCAUGAUUGCGAUAUGUUCUUUAUUUUCUUUUAAUUUAAAUUUUGUGGUUAGUAAUAUGAAUAUAGGUAAAAGUUCAUGGAAUUUAAUCAAUAAUUUUAAGUAGUCUUUUUAGAAGGGAAGUAUAAUAGAAUCAUUAUAAUUUUACGGUACAAUCCCCCAGUCAUUGUUCUUUAUUGACAAAAUAAGUAAUGAGUGCCGAAUAAUGUCUAAGAUUGUUCGAUGAUGACUUUACAAUUAUAAUAAUAAAUUAAAAAUUCAAAUGUUAAUAAUGUUAUUC